GUUCUCAAUCAUACAUCGGAGGUAUCGUGCCCAAUUCACCCCACCAUGACGCUUGAAUGGAUAGUGGUGCUGCCCAGUCAACGUCCUCCUACGCAUACAUCAUAAAAACCAGUCUCACGAGAGUUCUACUUAAAAGAAGGAUACUUGCAAAUCAUCUAUUCCGUCGUAUGACGCGUAUUCUGACAGCUAUCUAGUAACCAGAUGAUAGACUCGUACAUCUAUUGACAUACCUCAGAAAGAUGGACAUUCUUUUCACGGAAUCUGGGCCAUCAUGCGGGGCUUUACUAAUAGCGGGGGCCAAAAUUGUAUCGUUGGUUGUUCUAUUAACAAUUGCCUGUAUUUGCUUCACGUAUCGCAACAGAGGCUUUUGGUCGUCUUCCUCCGCCAAUUCGAAAUGGAUCGCCGGCCCUAAAAGCAAAGCUUUUAAAGGAAGUGUCGAGGAGCUUCGAACCGAUGGUGCUGCCAGUUGUAAGGCCUGGUUCUCCCUAUAUCAACGAUAUGGGCCUGCCUACGAAAUGACAAUCCCUUUUUUCCGCUUACAUAUCAUUAACCAUCCCACGUAUCUCGAGCACAUUCAAAAACACAACAGCAAGAACUAUAUCCGCGGUGCAUUUGCUCGCAAUGUCUUCCAGACCCUCCACAGAUCUAGCAUCUUCAUCUCGGACGGCCAAGCUUGGCAACUACAGCGUAAAGCUGCGACAAAGGCAUUCAGCAAGCAAAAUUUUGAGCAGCACAUCACACGAUCCCUCCACUAUUGGCUUGACGUCUUAAUGCGUCUUCUAUCGAAUCUGGCCAAGGAACAGCAAGAGUUUGACUUUCAAGAGUUAAUGGGCCGUAUGAUGUUUUGCCUCUUUCUUCGGAUUGCAUUCCACGAAGAGAAGAUGGCCCUAGAAAUCUUGUCCGAGAAUCCACAGUGCCUUAAGUCAAUGCCAGCCUAUGUUAAAGCAUUUGACGAAGCCAACUAUUUGUUCGAUCGAAGACGGCGUGAUCCUCUAUGGAAGAUUAGCGAAAGGUUAUCCGGAGAAGACAAAAUAAGCCAGAGAGCAGUGGACCUUUUCUACGGACAGAUUGAUGGUCUGAUUAAGAGACGCCUUGACGCAAUGGAGCAGGGUUACAAGCCUAACCCAGAAGCUGGUGUCGAUCUUCUAGACCUCUUCUUACAAUCGACCAAAGACCUGUAUACUCUUGGAGGCAUGGUAUUUGCGUUCCUCUCGGCUGGCCGUGAUACGACUGCUUACUCUAUUUCGUGGCUCAUGAAGGAAAUACAUCAUAAAGAUAACAAACAUUUAGAUGCUGCGAAUAAGAUCCGAGCUGAAGCUGAAGAGCUCGGUUUCACAAAUGACUUCCUCAGUUAUGGAGACGCCCCGAGGUUGCGAUUCGCAAAUGCCAUGUGGGAUGAAACCGCUCGACUUAACACUGUUUCCCCGGCUGGUCAAAUGGAGGCGGCGGGAGACGACACUCUUCCUGCAGUGCCUGAGCUUAACAUGCCUCCCCGACACAUUAAGAAAGGAGAUAUUGUUAGUUAUCAGAACUAUGUACUUUCUCGAAUGCCGCAAGUCUGGGGAGAUGAUGCCGCUGUCUUUAACCCUUCGAGAUGGUUCAAAGACAAUGGGGAGAGCAUCUCAUACAGCGCUUUCAAAUAUCACUCGUGGAACGCUGGGCCACGUAGCUGUCUUGGGCGCGCAUUAGCUACAUACGAAGGUAUCGCCAUUAGUACCGCGAUUCUUCAACGUUUCGACGUCAUACUCUCCGAUACCACUAAAACAUAUGAACCGCUCGCCGCUCUAAAUAUGGGAAUAAAAGGCGGGCUUCCUAUGAGGGUAAGGGUGAGAGCUUCGGUCAGAUCUUAAUAGGCAUAUCAACGAUACCAUUUCCUCUUCGACGCGGUGUCCGAGGAGGUUUACUACCACGAAUAUUUAAUAUCCAUAGUUGCCCACACAGUCUUGUUAGUAUAGCUAUUCGCGAACCAUCGACACUCAGAAUGCAAGGUUGGUAUGAUGGAUUUAGGCCAAUGAUCAGAUUAGGUACUGAACUGUAUGGCAUAUACUUGUCUGGAUUUCUUCACCAUUAGCACUUCUUAAAUAUGAAAAUCAUCGGUUUUUUUCA